CCCGCCCAGUCAGCAAGGUUGCGCGUGCUCCGUGCGACCGCCAAGAUGGUGGUGGGCGCGUUCCCCAUGGCGAAGCUGUUAUACCUGGGCAUCCGGCAGGUCAGCAAGCCGCUUGCCAACCGCAUUAAGGAGGCCGCCCGCCGAAGCGAGUUCUUCAAGACCUAUAUCUGCCUCCCUCCGGCUCAGCUGUACCACUGGGUGGAGAUGCGGACCAAGAUGCGCAUCAUGGGCUUCCGGGGCACGGCCAUCAAGCCGCUGAACGAGGAGGCGGCCGCCGAGCUGGGCGCCGAGCUGCUGGGCGAGGCCACCAUCUUCAUCGUGGGCGGAGGCUGCCUGGUCCUGGAGUACUGGCGCCACCAGUCGCAGCAGCGCCACAAGGAGGAGGAGCAGCGGGCGGCCUGGGACGCGCUGCGGGACGAGGUGGGCCACCUGGCGCUGGCGCUGGAGGCGCUGCAGGCGCAGAUGCAGGCGGUGCCGCCGCAGAGCGCGCUGGACGAGCUGCGCGUGCAGGUGCAGGAGGUGCGCGCCCAGCUCUGCGCCGGGGAGCGGCCGCCUGCCUCCCACGCAGUGUCCUCCGCCAAGAACUAGGACCAGGGCUGGACUCGAAUGUGGCCGUGCGUGCCCUGACAUGGCCUUCUCCCCACACCACCCGACCUGCGCCGGCCCAGUGGAAGCCAGGGAGGUGGAGGCAACUCGGUAUGGGGUUCCCCCCUUCCGUCGGGACGCCCUGGCGGGUACAGCUGGUGGCAGAGCCCCCUCCAGCUCUAACUGCCUGGCACCCCAGACCACACUGACCUACUCCGUCCCGGCCAGCCGGACGUCGCCUGCUCUCUUCUGACAAAAGGAAAGACAGGAACUGAACUUGCUGCCCCGCCCGCAUGUGCUGCUGAGCGCUGCCUGUCCCCGGGCCCGGGAACGCCCUCCUUUGUCAGCUGGUGCCCCGGCUGUGCCUGCUCUUAGAGGGGGAGGCAGGUAGCUGGCUGGAGAGGCGGGGUCUCUACUUGAGCACUUGAGAGUGGGGCUCCUCUGUGCCCUAUCAGACCAGCCCCGGAGGUUCAGUGAACAGGCCCUUCCCUGAAGCUGCAGGUGGGGUGGGGGUGGGGCAAGGCUUCUUCUGCUUCCCCGGGCACAGACCUGCCCAGGUAGAAGCCAAGGAAGCCGGCUCUGAGCCUGCCUCUUCACCCUUUCUGGAAGGGGAGGAGCUGGGGGCAGGGGGUGUUAAAACUGGGAGUGGCCUAAGGGGUGGUGGGUGGAGCCAGGGAGGGGCCUCUGCCCGGUUUCCAUGGUUACCACUGCCCAUCGCUGUUCUAACGGAGCCUGGAGGUUGGCUGCUGGGGGUUGGGGGGCGUCCUCUGUGCCUUGUCUGAGCCCCAAUUUCCUGGGCGAGGAAGCUGAGAGAGGCAGUCACCCAGAGGUGGGGUGGGGGAUGGGCAGGCUGGGCCGAGCCGCCCCCUGACCUGCCCUGACUCGUCCCUGCAGAUGGCCGGUCCCGGCGGGCAGCCGCCCUCUGCUGGCAGUCGUGGGGGGGGGGGCUCUGCUUUCCUACUGGCUAAACCUUGGUGGAGUUGUGGUCUGGGGAGAGGGGUCAGAAUAAACUUGAACGUGA